GUCAUGGACCCGAUGGGAUUAGCCCUUCACCUAACCCUAACCCACAGCACACAUUAUCUAUCUGUACCCAAAACCCAGAACACAAGAGGAACCACCACCCCUCUCUUAUCAGCUAGCUUUAGCCUUUUUCUGCUGUUCAUUUUCUCCCAAACCUUUAACCAACAGCUCUCUUUAUCUUCGUGGGAUAGGAGCUAGCUAGACACUUGAGAUUAUAACCUAGAUAAGAGAUUAAAACAAAAGAAAUCACCUUGUAGAGAGGGAAAGAAAAGGAUAUAUGGGCUUGAUUCAGUUAAUUUAUUUCUGCUGAAAUUUUGGUGGCUGAUGCUUGAAAGACCAUCCUUUUCCAUCUUUUGGUGAAGGUUAGUGUUGGAUUUGAUCCAUUUACAGAUCAUCCAAAGAAAAAGAAGUCAAAAAAGGAAGGAAAGGGACAAAUCAAGAACCACCUAAGAAUCUCCUUGCUGCUAUCUUUCUAUUUUUUUGGGCUCGUUUCUUGUAUGUUUCAGCCAAUUUAAUUAGGUUGAUUUCAAGCUACCAAAAAGAAAUGGAUCCAGUUGCGGCUCAUGGGCGUCCUCUUCCUCCACCUUUCCACACAAGAGAUUUUCAUCUACAUCAAUUUCAACACCAGCAACAACAGAAUUCUGAAGAUGAACAAAGCGGUAACGGUAACUUAAACCGUGGUCAAAAGCGAGAGCACGCUGAAAUCGCCACUAAUAACAACAACACAGCAGAAGGCAAAGAAUUAGUUCCUUCAAGUGCUGGUGGAGAAGGAGAAAUUACAAGAAGACCAAGAGGUAGGCCUGCUGGGUCUAAAAACAAGCCUAAACCACCAAUCAUAAUCACAAGAGAUAGCCCAAAUGCCCUUCGAUCCCAUGUCAUGGAAAUCGCUACCGGAUGCGAUAUCAUGGAGAGUGUAUCAACUUUUGCAAGGAGGAGGCAAAGAGGAGUUUGCAUUUUGAGUGCAACCGGAACAGUAACAAAUGUAACUCUUAAGCAACCAGCUUCGCCCGGUGCGGUGGUUACUUUACAUGGAAGAUUCGAGAUUUUAUCGCUUUCAGGUUCGUUCUUGCCACCUCCAGCUCCACCAGCUGCUUCAGGAUUGACGAUUUAUUUAGCUGGUGGCCAAGGCCAAGUUGUUGGGGGGAGUGUGGUUGGCCCACUUCUAGCAUCUGGACCGGUGGUGAUCAUGGCUGCUUCUUUUGGUAAUGCAGCUUAUGAGAGGCUGCCUUUGGAAGAGGAUGAGUCGCAAACACCGGUGCCUGGAACUGGACCUUUAGGGUCACCAGGAGUUAGUAGCAUUGGGCAACAGAAUCAGCAACAACACCAACUAAUGCAAGAUCCAAACACAUCUCUCUUUCAAGGGUUGCCUCAGAAUCUACUAAAUUCAGUGCAACUCCCAUCUGAGGCCUACUGGGGCACAGGCGGCCGCCCUCCUUAUUAGUAAUAAAACAAGAAAACUUGUGGUUUUUCUUUUCUUUCUUUUACUCUUUGUUUCUUUAAUUAACUUCUUAACCAUCCAUCUUCAUUCUCCUCUUCUUGCUUUAAGAAUUAGGUAUCUUUCUACGAUGUUGUUCAUCAGGGUUUUCAGCUACCUAUGAUUGAAGAAGGAUGUACAAAUUUAUGGAAUUUUUUUUUGUGGGUUUGGUGUUUAUCAGAUCAGUAGCUCCUUUGAUUUAGCUUGAA